AUGGCACGACGAGGAUGCAGCUCGUGGUUGGAGCGCCUGUUCCUCCUCAUUAUUACCUUGGAUCUUACUUCAAAUGUUGCUUCGGCGCAGCUUCGAUAUUCUAUCGCUGAAGAGCUGACGGUGGGUGCUGUUGUUGGAAACAUUGCUAAAGAUUUAGGGCUGGAUAACACUGCUUUGAAUGCCAGAGGUUUUCGCAUCGUCUCUGGAUCUACGGAACCUUUGUUUGAACUCAACAAUCAUGGCAUCUUGCACGUUCACCGAAAAAUUGACAGAGAGGAGGUGUGCGAACGGACCAGCAGCUGCAUUAUUAACAUAAAGACUGUACUGGAGAACCCGUUAGAGGUGCAUUACGUCGCUAUUGAGGUUUUGGAUGUAAACGAUCACUCCCCCACCUUCCCCGAAAACGAAACACAUUUGGAGAUCUCAGAAUCCGCUCUACCUGGGACGCGUUUUCAGCUUCAAGGUGCCAGUGAUCCAGAUAGUGAGACGUUUUCGAUUCAACACUAUAGGCUGAGUCCAAAUGAACACUUUCGUCUGGAGGUUAAAGGUGGAGGAGAGGAUGGAAAAAUUCCUAUUUUGUAUUUGCAUAAACUGCUGGACAAAGAAACUGCUAGAAGUCACAGAUUAAUGUUGACAGCAGUUGAUGGAGGAAAACCCGCAAAAUCAGGAACUAUGGCAAUUAUCGUUAAUGUUUUGGAUGUCAAUGACAACAUGCCAGUAUUCACAAAAGAAUCAUAUUCAGCGGUGCUUAAAGAAAACGCGCCUGUUGGCACAACUAUAAUGCAAGUGAACGCCACAGAUUUAGAUGAUGGUUUAAAUGGGGAGGUGGUUUAUUCAUUUGGGAAUAACGUCAAUACUAGAUUACGCAAACUUUUUGAUGUUAACCCCAAUACGGGUGAGAUAAUUGUCAAAGGUAUGAUAGAUUUUGAAGCAAAAGACAGGUAUGAAAUUAACAUUAAAGCGUCUGAUAAAGGACCAGUACCACUGGCAACAGAAAAAAGUGUAAGAAUAAGUAUUGUGGACUUAAAUGAUAAUGUACCUGAGAUUGAGGUGACAUCUUUUUCCAAAGCUAUACCUGAGGACUCUAAACCUGGAACGACUGUAGCUUUGAUAAGUGUGCAUGAUAAGGAUUCAGGUGUAAAUGGAAAGGUGAUCUGUUUUAUUAGUGAAGAUGUACCUUUUACAUUAACACCGUCAUUACAGGACAACAUGUACUCUAUAGUCACCAAAUCUCUGCUGGAUAGAGAGCAGCAGUCUCAGUAUGAUGUGACUAUAAUUGCUAAAGAUGGUGGUGAACAACCUCUGUCAUCUCAGAGGACAAUUAGUGUAACUGUAUCAGAUGUGAAUGACAACAGUCCACAGUUUUCACUCAGUCCUUACACUUUUUAUGUUGUUGAGAACAAUGUAGCAGGAGCCUCUCUGUUUUCAGUCAGUGCUCAUGACAGUGAUGAGGGUGAUAAUGCUCUCAUUUCAUACAAUAUUGUGAGAAAUGGGGAUGAGCACAAAACAUUGACCUCAUUCCUGAACAUUAACUCUGAGAAUGGACACAUUACAGGGUUAAAAAGUUUUGACUUUGAAACAGUGAAAACGUUCCAGUUCCAAGUUGUGGCCUCAGAUUCUGGAACUCAGUCCCUGAGCAGCAACGUCACAGUGAACGUGUUCAUCCUGGAUCAGAACGACAACGCUCCAGUCAUCCUGUAUCCAGUCAGCUCCAACGGCUCUGCUGAAGGUGUGGAGGAGAUUCCCCGCAAUGUGAACGCAGGACACUUGGUGACUAAAGUCAGAGCCUAUGACGCUGAUAUAGGAUAUAACGGCUGGUUGCUCUUCUCACUGCAGGAAGUCACUGAGCACAAUCUCUUUGCUUUGGACCGCUACACAGGACAGAUCAGAACACUUCGCUCAUUCACAGAGACAGACGAGGCUGAGCAGAAACUCAUCAUACUGGUCAAAGACAAUGGCAACGUGUCCCUCUCUGCUACAGCUACUGUCAUUGUCAAAGUUGUGGAGCCCAAAGAGGCUUUUGCUGCUUCUGAUGUGAAAAGUGCAACAAAGGAUGAUGAGGAGAGUAAUGUCACUUUUUAUCUCAUGAUCACUUUGGCCUCAGUCUCAGCUCUUUUCAUCAUCAGCAUCAUCGUGCUGAUUGCAAUGCAGUGCUCCAAAUCCACAGACUAUACCUCCAAAUAUCUACAAGAGACUAAUUAUGACGGCACACUGUGUCACAGCAUCCAGUACAGAUCUGGAGACAAACGCUACAUGUUAGUGGGACCCAGAAUGAGUAUAGGAUCCACUAUAGUCCCGGGCAGCCAUGCCAACACACUAGUGCUCCCUGACAGGAGGAGGGCAUCUACAGAGCAUCCGUUUUGAGUUGCUCGGCAGAAACAGAUGCAGACACAUGAACCAUGGUUGGUGGAACUGAAGGGAAUGUUUGCUGCUGUGAGACUGCUA